UGCGCUGUUAACGCUAGUGGUUCACAAGGCUCCCUCACGCCUCACGCCUCACAUUUUACAUGAAGCAAUUGCGAGCCUUCAUAUGCACUGCCACUGCGUUUCCCGCUUCCGCGUAUCUAUCCGGUAGGAUUUCUUUCAGACGCGGAUUGCUUAGUGCUCUCGUUAGAAAGCUCACAGCCGUGUGUCCUACAGGCUACAGCGUGCCAAUCGAGCCGAGUGAUAGAGCCCGCGGGUUGCAGCUUUCAGCCUUGUUGUUGAUUGGCGCAUAUGAUGCUACUAGCAAUCAAGGGAGGUAUCGGUCCCUUAGGUAUUUUGGACAGGUCACAGAAGAUCCGUACCUCUAGUGGUAACAAUUUUACCUAUAUGACUCUCAAAUACUUACCUACCUUACGUACCUUACCUUAGUUAUCAGAACAUAAACCCUAGGCAGUACAGUCAGUAACCAAUCCUUGAGGCUUGAGUUGCGUUACUCACCCCGUGAUCCACUCACUUAGGAGCCUCUACCACAGCUACUCGGCCUGAGUCGCCAAGAACGCCCAGCCUCUUCAUCUUGCCCA